AUGAUGGAGGAGAACCGCAAAGCAACGGAGGAAAACCGCCAAAUGAUGGCGGAGAGCCGCCGGUUGAUAGAGGAAGCCAGAGCUAUGGCUCAUCAGGUAAACUCUCAAGUUGAUUGUCUCAAUUCCCGCGUAGAUAGACGAUUGGCUCAAUUGUUUGAGUUGGUAAACAAAAAUACGAAUGAUUUGGGCGAGUUUAGGCAAUUGUUGAAUAGACCAGUUUUACAAACUAGGGCUUUGUCUUCAGAUGGUCGAGACUUUUCAAAUCUUGAAAGUGAAAACAUUAACCUGCCAUCCAACGGUGGUGGUCGAGGUGAGCAGCCCCGCCCGGUGAACCCUACACCACCGGUGGUAGCCACCGUAGCGACACCUCAAAGGUUGAAUGUCGGCGUGAGUCACGCCACUUCAUCUCAGAUUCAUGUUGAGCAACCGCCACCUGUGCAAGGUGUUGCUCGACAAAACAUUUCAGAAGCCAUACCAUACAUGGCUCCUGUUAAUGUUGGGUUUGGUUUGGGUCCGAACAAUGUUGACCUAGUACCACCACGUGGGUACCCGCAGCCAAUCCCACCCCCUAUGAACAUGCAAGGCGUGGAUCCCGGCGGUUUCAUACCGCUAGGGGGGCACCAAGGGGGGCAUGAUGUGAAUACACUCCGUGAUCAGAUGGCACAGUUGUUGGCUGAGCAGUUUGGUUUUGGUAUGAGACCAACGAUGCCACCUGUCUAUCGAAAGCCGUAUCCGGAGUGGGUGGAUAGAAUGUAUCCGUUCCCAAGAGGAUUUAGGGUACCGGAGUUUGUACCUUUUACUGGAACGGGUGAUCAAUCCACAGUGGAGCAUGUAGGGCAAUUUACUGUCCAAUGUGGUGAUGUAGGUGAUUUUGUCAAGUUACGUUUAUUUGGCAACUCUUUGACAGGACCUGCUUUCGCAUGGUACGUUAAUUUGCCAUCUAAUUCAGUGCAAACUUGGCAACAAAUGGAACAAAUGUUCCAUGCACAAUUUUAUCGUUCUGAACCAGAAGUGACCAUGGCUGACUUGGCACGUAUGCGCCAGCAACCAGGGGAGACUGUGGAACACUUCUUGACAAGUUUUAAAAAUGCGCGUAAUCGCUGUUUUGUGAACUUGACAGAACGUGAAUUUGUCAAGUUAGCACAAGGUGGUUUAAACUUUGAACUUCGUAAAAAAUUUCAAGAUAGGGAGUUCUCUGAUUUAUUCCAGUUGAUGUCAUGUGCGGUUAGGUACGAGACUCUUCUACGAGAAGAAGAGAAUAGAAGUAGUGCAUCGAGGGGAGUGUACCACCCCAACUUCGAUUAUGCCAUUAACCAUGUUGCUCAGGAUGUGGAUGGUGUCGAGGUAGAUCUGGCUGAAAUUGUGCAAGGAAAGCCAUAUGUUUGUGCUUCCUUAGCCAAAGUAGAUAAUGAACAGCUAGUUGGGAAACCUAAUCGUGCUCCAGUCCAACAUAGAAAAUUUUCUUUUGAUGUUAGCAAGUUGGACUUAAUUUUUGACCAAUUGUACAAGGAUGGUCAGAUUAAGCUGUCUGGGGGGCAUAGUAUACCACCCCCUGAGAAGUUAAAAGGAAAACGUUAUUGCAAGUGGCAUAAUAGUAUGUCACACGCCACUAACAGUUGUGUGGUUUUUCGUAAUGUUUUGCAGGAUGCGAUUCACAAGGGACGCAUCAGGUUCCCAGACCCUAAGAAGGAUGCCAUGACAGUGGAUACUGAUCCAUUCCCAAAUGUCGUGAGCAUCAAUAUGGUCAAUCCUGACUUUUCAAAGAUUGACUUGCCACGCUUCAAGCUGGUACUGGAUACAACACCACAGCCAAGUGGCAACUCCAAUGUCAUUGUGCAGGGUGGUUCGUCAUCAACUGGCAUGCAAGAUGGGCCACGUAUUGAUCUGGCCGAUGAAGAAAAGUUGUGUGCACAGUGCAAAGGGAAGCUGAAUCUUGGUGAAGGUAGACCAACCCAACCAGUCCGUCAGAGACUUGGUCCUCAAAGACCAUUCAAGCCAAGGUAUCCACCAUAUGAACGUCAUGUGGAAGGAGUGCGUGCACCUGCAUGGGGAAGAGGCCAACGUAGACAAUGGGUUGCUCAAAAUGCCCCACCCUUCACAAGUGCGCCUUUCAAAAGUGCACCUUUUGGACUCUCCCUACCUGCCAGGAGUUCACCACCUGUCAGAAGAACCUUCAAGAUGCCUAAUGUGCCAUCAAGUGGAUGGCAUACGUAUGAUGUUCGUCGUCAACAGCCAAUUGCACUGGAUGGGAUGACAAGGACACAAUAUAGAAGGUUCCUUCGCAAGAAUGCCCAACAAAAGAGGACUUACAACAUGCAUACCAAUGUUCGUGUGAACAACUCUGCUACCACUAGUCUCAGGGUCACAGUGUCUGAUAGCGGCAAGAAUGCGGAGAAGAAAGAGGAAGCCCCAACGGAUGAUGGAUACGAUGCAGAGAUGGAUGAAUCCUUCAUAAAGGAAGAGAUGAUGGAGUUAGAACAUCCAAGAUCAAAGUUUGACCGGAAUAGCAAGGAUGAUGAGGACGAUGAUCAUAACACAUCCACAACCAUCCAAUUUGGGAGUUUGCCACCUGUCGUGGUAAAUAAUUACAUUUUGCCCAUGAUCUUCCACUUUGAAGUGGAUGGUGAGAGAGGAGAUGUUGGAAUUGAAGCGGAGGAUGAGGAAGUGGAUGAAGCAAGCCAUGAGCAAGCCAUCGCAGAGUUGAACGGUGGGUUUGCUGAGCUGGAUUUGGAUGAGGAGGAUGAAGAGCCCCAGUUGCUGAACUGGUGA